CAGCAGCCGUCGCCGGCUCGGUGGAGCCCCCCGCCGCCUGCCCGCAGCGCCGCCCGCCCGCCCCCUUCCCGCGUCCCCGCUCCCUCCCUGCGUAGCGGAAACAUGGCGGCGGGAAGGGAGUGAGCCGCCCCGCGCCCCCGCCGCGCCUGCAGAUGGAGAAAUUAGCAUACAGAGAAACUGACUUGUCAGAUGUCAGAGCAAGGUAUUGGUGGAUCCAGGGAUAAAUCUCCAACUUCUUAACUCCUAGACCGGUUUUUAGUCCAUUGACUAUGCAGCCUAAUGGAAGAAGGAGAUAUGCAGACAAGCCGAGGGUGAGCAAGAUGAAGAGGAGCUGUAUUGAGCAAUAGAACAGCUCAGAGAUGACCCGCAGUGCCAGGAUGUCCCAAUGAGUGUUCAGCCCCUAGCAGAAAGGAUAACUCCUCUCUGCAGUGAUAGACUGGAAUGAUGUUAGAAAACACAAAUAUGGUCACCUAUCAGAGUCUGCAUCCCAAUAUCAAGAAACUGCUGACAUCCUGGAGCUAGGGUUGUAAAGAAGAUUACAUGAGCUAAUGGAUGUGAAAACAUCUUAAAAACUCUCAAAUACUUUUCAACUUUGGAGGAUUAUUAUGAUUUUCAUUCUGUUCAGCGGCUAUACUCAGACUUUACUCUAAGUCAAAUCUUCUGACAUUCUUUGAAGUGAAGCAUUCUAUGAAUGUGAGCUGAAGAAAUGAAUGAAAUGAAAUAAUGCAGCAUCUAGUGCUUUUUGCAUGGCCCAAAGGGGCUCUGUGCUGCUCCACUACAGAGGAAGCUUCAAGAAAUGCUGGUUUGCUACAGUGUUUUAGCUUGUGAGAUUCUCUGGGACCUUCCCUGCUCCAUCAUGGGGUCACCUCUAGGUCAUUUUACCUGGGACAAAUACCUAAAAGAAACAUGUUCAGUCCCAGCGCCUGUCCAUUGCUUCAAGCAGUCCUACACACCUCCAAGCAACGAAUUCAAGAUCAGUAUGAAAUUGGAAGCACAGGACCCUAGGAACACCACAUCCACCUGUAUUGCCACAGUAGUUGGACUGACAGGUGCCCGCCUUCGCCUGCGCCUUGAUGGGAGUGACAACAAAAAUGACUUCUGGCGGCUGGUUGACUCAGCUGAAAUUCAGCCUGUUGGGAACUGUGAAAAGAAUGGGGGUAUGCUACAGCCACCUCUUGGUGAGAUUUCGGCUGAAUGCAUCUUCUUGGCCCAUGUUCCUUUUGAAGACGUUAAAUGGAGCAGAGAUGGCUCCCAUCAGGAUUUUCCACAAGGAGCCACCAUCGCCUUCCCACAACUUCUUCAAAAUGGGAAUGAAGCUAGAAGCUGUGGACAGGAAGAACCCUCAUUUCAUUUGCCCAGCCACUAUUGGGGAGGUUCGGGGCUCAGAGGUGCUUGUCACUUUUGAUGGGUGGCGAGGGGCCUUUGACUACUGGUGCCGCUUCGACUCCCGGGACAUCUUCCCUGUGGGCUGGUGUUCCUUGACUGGAGACAACCUACAGCCUCCUGGCACCAAAGUUGUGAUUCCAAAGAAUCCCUAUCCUGCCUCGGAUGUGAAUACUGAGAAGCCCAGCAUCCACAGCAGCACCAAAACUGUCUUGGAACAUCAACCAGGGCAGAGGGGGCGUAAACCAGGAAAGAAGCGGGGCCGGACACCCAAGACCCUAAUUUCCCAUCCCAUCUCUGCCCCAUCCAAGACAGCUGAACCUUUGAAAUUCCCAAAGAAGAGAGGUCCCAAACCUGGCAGCAAGAGGAAACCUCGAACUUUGCUGAACCCACCACCUGCCUCACCAACAACCAGCACUCCUGAACCGGAUACCAGCACUGUACCCCAAGAUGCUGCCACCAUCCCCAGCUCAGCCAUGCAGGCCCCCACAGUUUGUAUCUACUUGAACAAGAAUGGCAGCACAGGCCCCCACUUAGAUAAGAAGAAGGUCCAGCAACUCCCUGACCAUUUUGGACCAGCCCGUGCGUCUGUGGUGUUGCAGCAGGCUGUCCAGGCCUGUAUCGACUGUGCUUAUCACCAGAAAACCGUCUUCAGCUUCCUCAAGCAAGGCCAUGGUGGUGAGGUUAUCUCAGCCGUGUUUGACCGGGAACAGCAUACCCUCAACCUCCCAGCAGUCAACAGCAUCACCUACGUCCUCCGCUUCCUGGAGAAACUCUGCCACAACCUUCGUAGUGACAAUCUGUUUGGCAACCAGCCCUUUACACAGACUCACUUGUCACUCACUGCCACAGAGUACAGCCACAGCCACGACAGGUACCUACCAGGUGAAACCUUUGUCCUGGGGAAUAGUCUGGCCCGGUCCUUGGAACCACACUCAGACUCAAUGGACUCUGCCUCAAAUUCCACCAACUUUGUCAGCACCUCCCAAAGGCACCGGCCCUUGCUUCCAUCCUGUGGCCUCCCACCAAGUACUGCCUCAGCUGUGCGCAGGCUAUGCUCCAGGGGAGUGUUAAAAGGAUCAAAUGAAAGAAGGGAUAUGGAAUCAUUUUGGAAACUAAAUCGUUCCCCAGGGUCGGACCGAUACCUGGAGAGCCGGGAUGCCUCUCGACUGAGUGGCCGGGACCCCUCGUCAUGGACAGUUGAGGACGUGAUGCAGUUUGUCCAGGAAGCUGAUCCUCAGCUUGGACCCCACGCUGACCUCUUUCGCAAACACGAGAUCGAUGGCAAGGCCCUGCUGCUGCUGCGCAGUGACAUGAUGAUGAAGUACAUGGGCCUGAAGCUGGGGCCUGCGCUCAAGCUCUCCUACCACAUUGACCGGCUGAAGCAGGGCAAGUUCUGAACUGGGAGAGGCAGCCUAGACAACCAAGUGGUCAGCAGGUGGGGGCAUUCUUCUAGGAAUGAGGGGCAUCAGCCCACCCCAGGCACCUCAGUGGGAUUCCGGGCCACCUCAGGACUCCAAGAGGCUAUGUGGAGGCACCAGUCCUAGCCACAGCUGCCAUGAUAUGUCCUUCCAUGAAGGACUGAGGAGGGAGAAUGGGGAUCCAGGGCUGGUGCUGCUCUUCCCUCAGCUCUGCCGGGGAUCUAAGGUCCCUCUAUUUAUUUCUUAAGCUUGGCUGGCCUCUCAACCAGGAGUUUAGGCUGAAUGCCUUCCAAGUGAUGGAGGAAAAGGCCAACUUUGUCCUGGUCUUGCUGUGGCACCCCACCACCCCACAGCUCCUACCUUCUCAUCAGAUUCCCCUGAAUCCAAACUCAUGGUGCAAACCUCUACCUUUUUACAAAAAGAUCUUAUUGUUAAUUUAUUGUUUCUGGCACUUGGGCAAACCCUGUAGUUAAUACUCCUUCCACACUAGACACUGGGUUUCAGGAGGAGGGAGACUGUCCUGCCUUGAUCCCAGAGAGGCCCUCUCCAGAUAGGCGUGGCCCCUCUUCACAGGACCCUGAAGUGGAGAGUCCCAUAAAGCCUUGACCACAUCACUCCAUAUGGGGAGAAGGAUCCCUGUCACCUUCUCCUCUCUUCAUGGGGCCCUUCUGCAGCCCUAGGCCUCAUCUGUGGGAAGGGAGUCCCUGGCCCAUACUGCCCCCACCACAGCUCCUUGCCCUGGCCAGAACUGCUGUUGAAGAAGAUCAGGCCGGAUGAUCUUAGGCCAAGAAGGCCCUAAGGGGGAUGGGAGGGCAGGUUUUCCAGGCUGGAGUCGGUUCCACCCACUCUGCUGUCCAUAUGCUUCCUUGUAAGCAAGUCAGCAGCACAGCUGCCAUCUGGACUUAUUUUAUGUCAAUCUGUUUAUAAAUAAAAACCAAUAUAGAUACCA